AGAGGUUAGUAACACCAGCGGGUUUUCAAAGCUGUCAAACGAAGCAUUUAUAAACAGUAGUAGCAAUUAACAUACCGCCUAUAUUUUAUCAAUUUGGCUGGCCACUUUUCGUUAUCAAAUGUGAGUUUAUUUGUUCUUAUUGAAUUCACACAUUGACCAGUGUUCAUCAGUGCCAAUUUUAGUUCCAAAGCAAUAAAAUGGUGAUAUAAACAAAUGCAAUUACAAAAUGGAUUGGAAACUUCAUUGUAGGAAUAUCAAACAAUUAGAUCUUGAAGAAGUUAAGAAAACAGCAGAAGUAUUCAAGAAAAAAUCUGAAGAUAUUGAAGCAAAAAUUUUCCAAUUAUCAAAUGCUCGCCAGUCAAUGAAAAAUAAUAAUAUUCUACGCGUACAUAUAAACACAUGGAGAAAAGAAAUGUCCUAUUUAAAAAAAGAAGAAAAAGAGAUUGAAAGCCUACUAAAAGAUAAUUGUUUUUUAUGGAUUUUCAAAGAGAAAGCUAUUCUGGAAACAGAAUCUGUAAAUUUAGCAAAUAUAGAGAAGCUACAAAGCAUAAUUUCAACACCUUUAUAUGCUCUAAGGUUAGUCAGAUGUUUUCAGAGCAUUAUCUAUGUAUUCUAAAAGGAAAGAAAUUAAAGAAUGGAAUGAAAUCGACAUGAAAGAUGAACGUUUAUUGAAACAAAAUUCUGUCAAAGAGGCUAUCCAAAAUUUAUCUGAUUGUAUCCAAAAUUUGAAUAAUAGUUUGAGCGAGGAAAGUGAACUGCUUUCAAAAAGUCAAGAGGAUGGAAAAGACGAUUUGAUUACAAAUGAAUAUAAGAAGAAACCGUUCACAUGUAAUAUCAAAGAUAUGGGAAUACCUGAGAAUGCAUGGGAUUGGCAGUGUUCAAACAGUGAGUACUUGUCAACAAUGUUAUCUGAGUUCAUUAUGUUGGAUUUUGAGUUCUACAAUCAACUUGAAGUAAUUAAAAAAGAAUAUGAGUCACUUCGAUUGACUGAUGAACAACUUUGGAACUCAGACGAAUUAGAAAUGUUUGAAUAUAUUUGGGAUACAUAUAGAAGACAGAUACUGCAUCAACGACGACAUUACACGCUUGAUUUUUUAUCACGUCUAUUUGCUGACCGAAAUACUAAAGAAAUAACAGAUUUAAUGGAUCAUUGUGAACGUGUAAAUCAACUAAAAGAUCGUGCUGUAACAAUAAAUCGUGUAUGGAAAAAAUCACGUGAUGAUUUAAGUAUACGUAUCCAAGCAACACUGUUACAAAUCUCAGAAUUAUCGAAUGAAAAACGCCUUAAAACAGAGAAGUAUCAAUCUCAGAAAGAAUUGUGUGAUUUUUUAAAGGAACAAGUUCAAAGAUGGCGUAAAGAAAAACUAGAAAUGAGUGAAUUAGAAGAGAAAGAAAAUGCGAAACUGAAAGCACAACAAGCAGAAGCUGAAUCUGUUAAAAAGGCUAAAGAGAUGGCUAUUAGAAAAAUAAUCAAAGAUAAGAUAGCUGAACAUCAAUCAAGAAAAGCAGCAGAAAAACAAGAACAAGCUGAAAAUGAAGCAGCUAGAUUGAAAUUUCUUCGUGAUAUGCAUGCAAAACAAUCACGUAUAGAUAUGGCACGACUUAAAGAAGCACAAGAUUUACGUUUAGCUGAAAUUAAACAAAAAAGAUUAUUAAGUCAGUUGGAAAAAAUUAAACUAUCCGAUGAACGUGAAAGCAGAUUGGAGAAAUUAAGAAAAAAGGUUCGACCAAAUGUUCUACCAGAUCCAAAUCGAUCAAUGUCUGAUACUGAAUCAUGGAGGUUGAAGACAGAAGACCAUCUACACAAUACUGAAACCUCAAUAGAAAGACAAAUGUCUAAUUCUACUGCUACAACCACCACUACUAGUAAUAAUAUUAGUAAUAGGUUUGAAUCAAAACUAUACACCUACACAAAUGCUCAAUUAUGCGCAGAUAAUCGUACCCGUCUGACUACAGCAUUAUAUAAUGCCGGUGUAUUGGAUACCGAUUAUGCUAGAAUGGUAUUAUCAAGUGUAACGCCCAACCGUCAAACACGUAAGGAUACAAUAACUUCUAAGGAGUUUCAAGAAGCAUUAAACGAUACUGUACAUAAUUUGUUUUAAAAUUACAGAUAAAAAAUGUUAUAUCAACAUGUAUGUACAUAAAUAUAUAUAUAUAUAUACUGUAAGCUAAAUGGUAUGUCUGCU